AUGGCGAAGGGAUGCCCGUGGUAUAUGGGUGCAUACUCAAUGGGACAAAGACAAGAUUCUGAGUUGUUAAUAAUUAGAACCUUAAGAAGUGAGCAUGUGCAUUAUGCACAGGACAGCUUGGUUGUAUCUCACUCUAGAGGGUCAAACUUAACAUCAUCAAUCAUGAUAGAUUCUUUGAGGUGUAAUAUAGACAAGAAUGCUAAUGAACUUAGAAGAGAUCUGUAUAGAGAAUAUGGGGUGCGACAGAAUUAUAGUCAAGCAUACAGGGGUAGAGAAAGAGCGUUGAGGGAAAUACAUGGUCGUGCACAGGAUUCAUACAUGGCGAUUCCCUGGAUUUGUGAAAGGCUCAUUGAAACUGAUCCAAACACAAGUGCUCGAUGGGAAGGGUUGGAUAGUAACAGAUUUCAGAGGGUGUUCAUUGCUUAUGGAUGCUCAAUUAAUGGAUUUUUAGAAGGGUGUCGACAUAUACUUUAUAUAGACGGCUGUCAUCUAAGUGGUCCUUACAGAGGGACAUUGAUUUCAGCUAAUGCAUAUGAUGCAGACAAUGAACUAUUUCCAUUAGCAUAUGCUAUAGUUAGUGGGGAGACAUAUGAUGAUUGGGCUUGGUUUCUCCAGAACAUCAAAGACAUCACAAGAUCAGUGGAGACAAUGAUAGUUUCAGAUCGGAAUAAUGCCAUUAUAGGUGCUGUGCGAACAAUAUUUGGUGGCGAGAGACAUGCUUUUUGUUAUAGGCAUGUGAAAGAAAAUUUUAGUGCACAUUAUUUAAAAAUUAACCGAGGCAGGGGACGAGUUUCAGGUACUUCAAAGGACGUUGCAUUGAAAAUACUGGAUGGAAUCGCCUAUGCAAGGAUUGAGGAUGAAUAUGUUGCUGCAAUGGGGAAACUUAGAUCAUUCUGUCCACAAUUAGCUGAUUGGGUUGACACUCAAGGAGAUGUAGAUCGGUGGGCUUUAAGCAAAUUCCCGUUUAAGCGAUGA